AUGCUGCCGAAACGCAAGGCCGCGCCGGCCUCGACCUCGGCCGCGACGCCUGCCGCGUCCGCCGGGUCGCAGACCGCAGCGAGGACGCCGCCCUCGUACCCCACCCUCGUCUUCGCGGCCGUCGUCCUCCCCGCCGUCCUCGGCACCUAUAUCGCGCUGCAGCACCAGCAACUGGUGCCGCUGUACAACUCGCUGCCGCUGGGCCUGCACCCCUACCUUCUGUUGGCGGGGUACCUGGCCGCGUCGGCCGCGGCGUGGCUUGGGCUCUCUGCGCUGCCCGUCGUCGGCGUCGCGGGGUGCUUCUUCUCGCUGACUGAUGCCUAUGUUCAUGGUGCGGGCCUGGUAUCGAAGAAGACAUCGGCAGAUGGUCCAGUGGUUGGAGCUGUUACCAUCCUCGGCGUCAUCAUUGCUCCUGCCUUCCCUGUGUGGCUGGUUCGCAGGGCCAUGGACUCGACAAUUGAUCAGUAUGGCGCAGACAAGUAUAGCUGGAUCGCACACGCCGUAUCGCAUCCAGAACGAGCACUCCUCGUCGUCUCGGCGGGUCUGCACCUCGUGGCGCUGGUCGUCCCAUCACAGUCGUCUGUUGAUCCACGCCCCCGCCGGCGUUCUCUCCUCGCCACCCUCCUCCCGCACGCCGUCCGGCUGGCGCAUAUCGGCGUCAUCGGCGCAGUGUGGUACGUCUGGAUCCACAACGCCGCCACACCGCCAUACGCCACACCCGACGGCGACCUCUUCAUCCACCGCUCGGUCCGCGGCCGCACCGGCCAGGUCGUGGUCGCGGAUAACAGGCGCGACGGGUACCGGUUCCUGCGUGUUGACAACUCGCUCGUCGGGGGCCGAUGGUUCGAGUACGAUAAGAACGCGCGAGGGAGCUAUACGCCGCGCCUCGGCGACUCCAUAUUCGCCGCGUUCUUCGUGCAGGAGUUUGGGUGGUUCGCGCAGCGCGCCAGUGUGGCGGAGUCUGCGCGUGGCGUCGAGCUGGUCACUGGUGUCAAUCUCACCGCGAGUGUGGCACAGCCAGAACCGCGCGCACUGAUAAUUGGCCUCGGUGUCGGCGUCGCUGCCGAGUCGUCCAGGAAGCGUGGCAUCCCGACCGACUACGUCGAGUACGACGCCGAGGUGGCCGCGGCCGCGCGCAACUUCUUCGGCAUGUACGCCGAGGACUCUAUGCCGCCGCACGGCUCGGUGAUCGACGACGGCGCCGAGUUCGUCCGCCUGUCAGCCGAGGACGCGCGGGGCGGCGCCGGCUCGCGCUGGUCCGUGAUCGUGCAGGACUGCUUCAGUGCGGGCGAGCUGCCGGUGGAGCUGUUCACCCGCGAGUUCUGGCACGACGUGCAGGACGUGCUCCAGCCCGGCGGCGUAGUCGUGACUAACGUGGUCGGCUUGCCGGGUAGCCGCACGAUGCGCGCCGUGGCCGUCACCCUCGCGUCGAGCUUUGCGCAGUGCCGCAUCUUCACGGACGAGAACGGCGGGCACGACCCAGACGAGAAGGACAAGGUCCUCAACACGGUCUUCAUCUGCUCGAACACGUACAACCCGAUCCUGUCGUUCCGCACGCCGGUCAAGGCCGACGCCCUUGGCUCGGCGUCCCGGCAGCGCGUGUACUCGUCCCUUUUGAGGAGUAACGAGGUGCAGAUUGAGGAGAUUGUGCAAGACGAGGACUGGGCCGACGAGAGCAUGGUGCUCAGGCGAGGACAGGCGAUCCCCGCCUUCUGGCAGAAGGACCUCGCCAUCUCCGCGUGGUAUUCAAUGAGGAAGAUCUUGACACCCGAGAUGUGGAUGACGUGGUGAUAUAGACUGUAGCGACACCCAUAUACCCACACCGACUCUAUGCACAACCAAUGCAUGGC